AUGUCGACGUUGUCCACAGUUGCACGUACUGCGCAGCUGCUCCGGAAUGCGUCGAGUGUGUCAGAAGUGAAGCGCAUUGCCGACAUGGCGCAGAGCGGCGACAAUGCGUGGUCGGAGGAGAGUCGAACCUACCUGGCCAACCUCGCCGUCCACAUGCACGCCAAGCUGGGAAGCACAGAGGAUGCCGCGCAGGCAUUUGCCGGAAUCAGGCAGCCCAAUGUCUUCUCCUGCAACAUGAUGCUCGCAGCAUACGCCCGCAAUGGCCAAGUUGAGCCCGCGCGGCAAAUGUACGAGUGGAUGCAUGAGAGAGGUGUUGCGCGGCUGAGGCCGGACGUGGUGUCCGGCUCCUGCCUGGUGCGUGCUGCUGCCCAGGCCGGGGAUGUGGAGCAAGCCAAGCGCUUGUUUGACUCGUUGCCUGCUUGGGACAUGGUCACCUGGAACGUCCUGCUUGCUGCAUAUGGCGACUGCGGCCACUGCAGCGACGCCAAGCUCCUCUUUGACACCAUGCCCAGCCGCGACAUUGUGUCGUGGACCACCCUCCUCCAUGCUUUUGCCCAGCACGGGGACCUGGCGACAGCGCAGGCCCUGUUCGAUGCCAUGCCCGCGCGGAACCUCGUGUCGUGGAACACCUUGCUCCAGGCGGUGGUGGCGGCAACACUUGACGAAGAUGAUUGCGAGGAGCGAGAUCGUGGUGGUGCUGCACUGGUAGCAGCACAGCGCCUGUUCGACGCCAUGCCUGCCAUGGACGCAGUGUCCAGCACGGCCCUUAUCUCGGCCUAUGGCUCUGUAGGCGACCUGGCAAGCGCACGAGCUGUGUUCGAUGCCAUGCCCGUGUUGCACCGGGACGUGGUCUCCUGGAAUGCCAUCAUUUCCGCGUAUGCCCGCAUUCACGACCUUCCCACCGCCCGCCGUCUUUUUUAUUCCAUGCCACACCGCGACACUGCGUCUCACAACGCGAUGGUGAUGGCAUAUGCCGCAACCGGGCAUGUGGAGGAGGCCAAGAACAUGUUUGAUACCGCUCCGCUUGUGAACAUGGUAUCAUGGAACUCCAUGCUGCAAACGUAUGCAACGCACUUGGACCUCACGGACGUUCUCUCCCUCUUUAAACGCCUCCCCGACCGCGACAUUGUGUCGUGGACCAUACUGGUUGCAGCAAUUGCCCGAAGUGGGGAUAUGCAGUGCUCGCAGGGCGUCGUGUUUAGCGCCAUGCCCGCCCGAGCACUCGUGUCGUGGAACGCGUUGCUGGCGGGGUAUGCGCAGGCGGGGCGCGUGGAGCGCGUGAAUGCAUUGUUUGCCACUUUGCCCGAAGCCGACGUUGUCACCUGGAGCGUGGCCAUGGCCGCCAACGCAAACUCCCCAGACCACACUGGCGACUCGUGCCGGCUGCUGCACACCAUGGCGUGCCACGGCCUGCAACCCAACGCUUGCAGCUUCCUGGCCCUCCUCACAGCCUACUCCAACCUCGCGCUCCUCCGCCCCGCCUGGAGGCUUUUCCUGUCCAUGGUGGCCGACUUCCGCGCCCCGGCGGCGAGGGAGCACUACUGCGCCAUGGUGGCGCUCCUGGCGCGGGCGGGGCGGCUUGACCAGGCGGAAGAGUUGAUGGAGAGCAUGCCGUUCGUGCCCGACGCGUCCGGGUGGGGCGCCCUGGUGUGGAGCUACAGGGCGGAGGCGAGGCGUGGCGCCGGUGGAGCAACGAAGGCUUUGCUGCUUGGCGAGGAGGCCGAAGCGCUGGCCCUCGCCUCGCAAAUGCUGGCGCCGUGCUAG